AGCUUAGACAACCAAACAAAAUGUUUCUGGGAGGAGGAGCUAGUGCUUUCAGCCCAUUGUUUAUUUCUGUAGCUUCUUAUUUUCACAUGAUCUCACUUACACUGUGCUCUAACUACAUUGAACUACACUGGCAGACCCCAGGAUAUGGUAUGUUCUUUCUUAACAUUUUCACAUAACUUUUUCUGUGAGGCUUUUCCUCCAACUAAUUUCCCCUAGCUAAAUCCUCACAGACCUUUGGUUUCAACAAGCCAUCACCUCCCCUAAGAAUCUUUAUUGAAUGUCCUUAAGACUGACCUAUGUGUCCUUUCUAUAUGUUCCAGUAACACCUUGUCAUUCCCUGGAUUUAGACUUAUAUCAACCUGUCCCCCACCUUCAACCCAUAAACUCCUUAAUCUCAAGGAUUAUUACUAGCUUCCCUUUGUAUCCCCAGUCUCCAGUUAGUAAUGAGUGCUUAAUAUAAAUGCCCUGAAUGAAUUAGCAACUAGGUGGAUCAUGAGACUACCUGGAAGUCCCCUAAAGACCUUUCAUUCAUUUUCCAGGGUCAAGAUCUUCCUGUAUAUUAUGAAAGUUAGUUUCCCUUUAGGGAAGGCAAAGUGAAGAACAGACUGGAACUCAAGCUCCCAGAGGAAAUGGGGAAAGGUCAUUAAUUGAAUUAUUGUUUAAUUAUCUUGAUGUUUAACUAAUUUCCAUUUUAGUUUAGCAACAUUUUAACAUCAGUUAUAGUGAAGAUAAGAAAAAUUCAGAUUGUUUUCUGAUAAAUAAAUAAAAUAUUUCUCACAGCUAGUUAUUAUACUAAGGGAAAAGAAAGGAACAACAGUUUGUAUUUAUACUUUUUGUUUAUUAAAAUUUCUUGUAGUUCCCAUAAAAUGAAGGUAUAAAAAAUAAAGCACAUUUUCUUGCAAAAGAAAAGGAAGACUAAAUUAUGGUAUCAAACAGAUGUGGAUAAUUUAUUUUAGUUGUUAUAAAAUACUGACAUUAGAAAUAGGUUGUAGCAAAGAAUUUUAUCUGUUUUAAAAAGAAAAAAAAUAUUAUGUUUCAAAAAAUACUGCAAAUACUGCAUCAUCUUACCCAUUAUUUUUUUUAAGUUCACAUUAACCUGAGAUAGAUUUAUAUGAAAAUUUUAGAAAAUUUCUCCUUUUUAAUGUUGAAAAUAUUUUUAGGUUUACUUUAGAAUUCCAGCUGUCAAAAUGAUCUUCAAUUAAAUCAUCUUGGUAGCAACAAUGAUUAACAUUGAACAUGUCAACUCAAACACAUCAAGCUAAAAGUGAGAGCAAAUUUGCAUCUUGUCCUUAGACUUGGAAGACAUAAAUUCCACCAAUUUGUAGUCUGGUUCAGGUGAGGUCAUUUAUUGUAUGGGUCACAUUUUUAAGAAGAGCUAUUUAAAAAACAUUUUGUAUGACACCAAAAAGCCACACAACCCUUCUACGCCAGCACCUCCAGUGUUGGGGACUAGGAAAGGGAAGGGGGCUGGAGUGAUGGCAUUUCAGUAGCCAAAGGGAAUAAGGGAUGGCAGUGGAAAGAACGCUAAGAGGAGUUUCCUGAAUUCAGAAAUUCAUGGGUUCUUGCUGGAGCCAAAGACUCCCCCAGCCUGAGCAGCCCCAGGACCCAGGGCCAGCUCUGCAGGGAGAGCCAUUGUCUGCCAGCUUCUUAUGGAUGCAGAGCUCUUCCCACAUCACUGCUGACAAGGUUCUGCUCAAGCCCAUAGCAUAGUGGUCCUUCCCCGCUGGUGGAAAUUGCACAUUUCAGGAGAAAUGAUGUUUGUUUCUUCUACCUCAUCUUCUCGCCAUCUCACCUGGUUUCUGGAGCCACUCGUGACCUCCUAAGGCUGGGAGUCUUCUUGAGAUUUCACCCUCUUUGCCAUUACCUGACAUUUUAAGUUCUGCUUUGGGGGAUAUGCAGUGGAGACAAGGGCUGAGAUCAAGAUAUUGACCCAAAAGAGCAAUUUCUCUUUCUCCUUGGGUUCCAUCUACAGCCUUAGAUACCCUUUGAAAACUACCUGGGAGUUUUCAAACACAGACAGCAGGGGCUAAUGGCAUUCCUGGAGAAAAUAGAUCUGGAGUAGAACAGGCAUUAUUCAUCUAGGCUUCUGCAAAUUUGCAGAUAAACUCAGUCCAUCAGCCUCAGCAGUGAGAUGGAUUAGCAUGAGCUAGGAGGUUAGAGACAGGGAUGAUGGAGGGAAAAGGCAUAUUUGAAAAAUGCUGACAGGACUUAUCUACUAGCUCUGGAAUCCCUCCCACCCACCAGGCUGCCCUUGGCCCUCCGCUUCUACUACUCAAUGCUCAUUAGUGACUUCCUGACUUUGGGGAGACACCCAUGGGGUCAAGUUGCGUUGAGUGGGCAAGAGGAGGGGAGGUGGAGGGUGGGCACCAAGUAAAGGAGGCAAGAGGAGGGGAUUGACUGGGAUUUUAGCUGGGGACCCAUGGUCACUGGGGUGCUUGAAAGUUUGGCAGGGGACUGUCCUGGCAGCAGCUACUAAUUGCUGGGGGAGUGAGCAAGUGUGGGGAGGGGAGGGAAUAUUGAAAGAGACUGGGUUCCACUGCUUUAGUUUUGAGAGACCUGGUGAAAUAAAAUCCAAUGACUUUGAGAGCUUCCUAUGUAUAAGAAGGGUUAUAGGUGCUGAGAGGGAAUAAAAGAGGGAUACACAUAAUUUCUGGUCCCUUUCCUAUCUCUUCCCUAGACUGGUUGCCCAUGUGUUCCUAUCUGAGGGGUGCAAGGAGCCCAUGGGCAAUGGGCAAUUGUUGUCCAGGGUGCAGAGGCAAAGAUUACAGGCUUUCUGUAUUCACACCCCACUCCCCUCCAGCAAAGCACCUCCAGUGGGCCUCCUGCCUCUCCUCACUUCUCUUCUUACAGAAUGCUCCAGACACAUUGAUACCAAGUAAAAGGGGACCUUUAGUGCCCUUCCAGAAUUUCCAGUGGCUCCCAAUUGAUGGGCUGGGGGAGGGGGGAGGACAAAACCUCAAGAAAUGACCGGCCAUCAUGGCAGGAAGGGAGGCAACCCACAUCUGGAGUCCUAGAGAAUGUGCUGUGAGGAGAGUGCUUCAGUCAGAGCCUAAGCUACAGGCUAACCUGCCAACCAGCCAUCUUCCACUCAAAGUGCUGCCGGCAAAGUCCCCUUCCCACCCUCCAUGCCAGCCUACACUUGUAACCACAGGGUGGCAGUGGGAGGCAGAAGAAGGAAGAAUGGAUACAGGGACAGAAAUGUCCAGUAAAUUCAAGCCAAGACUGACAGAUGGGAUCAAUAAGGCGAGCCAGUCUUAGCACCCUAUAGAGUCCAAUAGAUCAAGACACAGAGUCAACAGAGACAGUGGGCAGUGGAACAGACAGGGAGACAUACCCAGAGACAAAAGAGAGGAAAAAGAGGAAUAUCCAGAGAGCAGAAUGAAAGAUCAAAGACAGAUACAAAGUGACACCCAGAAGCCAGAGAUAUUAGAGACAGACACUGUCUCAGAGACAAGAGUUAGACCCAGGCUCAGGGGGUCUGAAAGCCAUACACCCAGAGCCAAAGAUAGAUCCAUCAACAUGAGGCCAGGGCUGAGGAAAUAGCCAGGGAAGUGCACACAGAGAGGGAGGGAAAGGCAGACAGAGAAGGAAAAGGAGGUGGUGGGGACCACAGGGGGAGGCAGUGAGAAGGGACAGAUAGAGGUUGCAAAAGGUGGGAUGCAGAAUCUGCAGAGUCAAGGAUUCUGCUGACCUCUCAGAGACAAUUUAGGGUAUAGGGGACCUAUCUGGGAUGUAAUUUCGGGUAUGGGGGGGGAUUUCAACACUGUCAAGUAGAGGCAGUAGUGCCCCUUCUUCCUGAGACUAAUGGCUUCUUGGGUCCAUCAUUUGUGUAUUCAGUCCAGACUCUAAGUAGGCUCCAUCUUCUCCAUCUCUGAUAAGUCUUGCUUCAGUUUGAAGAUUAAUGUUAUGGGAAGGAGGAGGUACCUUCCUUUGGUCACUAUUCCAGGGUCUUGGAAGCUCUAUGUUUUGAAUGCCUAGAGCAGGAAGCUCUCUAGGCAAGGACUGUAUCUUUUUCUUUAUUCCUCCAGCACCAUGCUCAAUGCAUAUUCAGUUAGAAUGUGCUAUGAAUACUGAGAGAUUGUCUCAGGAAAUACCUCCUAGUGAAUCUUAAGCCAAUUCUCUUUUAGUUUUAUUCAUACAGUGAUGGGAAACAUAGGUGAGGCAGUAGGAUAAAUGGUGUUGGUAGAGGAACCUAGUAGGAGAUUUUGGAAGAGAUGGCUGGGGAGGGUGCUUCUAUCCUUGUUUAAAGGACUCCUGAGUGUUCUCUUUAGCUGGAUAUAGAACUGGCCUCCAAAUCACCACAGGCUGACUCCAAGUAGCUCCCUACACUCUCCUCCUGCCAACCAGGACCUCCUCCAUACCCCGGACCCCAGGAAGCUUUCUUACUUCUAAAUUCACAUCUUGCUGUCACAAAGUCCUGAACAAAGUCCCAUUUAAGUCCUCACUCCACCCACUUACCCAGACAGGAUCCCAUUAGUCUUCCAUUGCCCACCUCCAGCUUUCCUCCAGGAUUCCAGCUAAGCCACGUCCAUCAUCUCCCAUCCUUUCCUUGCCCUGGCCUUAGCAAGAUAGGAACCCCAGAAGCCACACCUCCCUAGGGUCCUGCCUCCCCAGGGCCCCACCUCCUGAGGGCCCCAACUGUCUGACACUCUCUAAGCUCCACUCCAACUCCUGACUCUGCUUGGCCAACCUCCUUACCUGUCCCUCGGUUUGACUUGCACUUUCUACUCAGGUCUCUCUCCUCUGAGGUAGGAAAAGACCAUGGGCUUUAUGGAGGGAUAACACAUACCUAAUGAAGUAUGAAGCAGCAGAUUUGAAGCCUGAGCAACAGAAGUCAGCAUCCCCAACCCAACUAGGCUUAACUAGCCUCACGGAAUCUAAUCUGAGACUCUUGGAUUUCUGGGCUUGCUACAGUGCUGACCCUAGAAUCCUCUUCAACUCCAGCCACAAUGCUAUGUCAGGCAUUUCACAGAUUUGGUCAAAAGCUGAUACGCAGACGUAUCCUGCAGCAAGACAUGGCUGAAGCUGCCCCUACCAGAAGCCUGAGCACUCUGGAUUUAGUGGCCCUGGGUUUGGGUCACACAGUGGGUGUAGGUGUGUAUGUCCUGGCUUGUGAGGUGGCCAGCAAUCAAGCAGGACCAUCCACUAUGAUCUGCUUUUUGAUGGCCGGUCUAUCUUCUGUGUUGGCCGGGCUGUGUUUUGCAGAGUUUGGUGCCCGGGUUCCCUAUUCUGGCUCUGCAUAUCUCUACAGUUAUGUCACUGUAGGUGAACUCUGGGCUUUCAUCACUGGCUGGAACCUCAUUCUGUUUUUUGUUGCUGGUACAGCCAUCGUGUCCUGUGCCUGGACCUUAGUUUUUGACAACCUCCCUGGGAAUGAGAUCUCUCAGACCCUGCGUGAGAGCAUCUCACCCCAUGUUCCCCAUGUUUUUGUAGAAUAUCUUGACUUUUUUGUUGUGGGCCUUGUGUUGUUAUUCAUUGGAUUGCUGACUUUGAGGAAUAGCGAGAUUUUCCUUGUUACCAAAGUGUUCACACUGCUGAAAAUUUUGGUUCUUGUUUUUUACAUCACCUCUGGCUUCAUUAAGGGGGACCUGCACAACUGGAAGCUCACAGAAGCAGACUAUCUAAAGGCUGGAUUCAAUGACACCUCAAGCUUGGGGACUCUGGGGUCUGGAAGAUUUGUGCCUUUCGGCUUUGAGGGGAUUCUCCGUGGAGCAGCUACCUGUUUCUAUGCAUUUAUUGGUUUUGACAAUAUUGUUACCAGAGUUGAAGAAGUCCAGAAUCAUCAGCGUUCCAUUCCCAUGGGGAUUGUGAUUUCACUAUUCAUCAGCUCUUUGAUGUAUUUUGGAGUCUCUGCGGCACUUACGCUUAUGGUGCCUUACUACAAGAUUCAACCUGGGAGCACCUUGCCUGAGGCAUUUCUUCUUAUUGGCUGGGCCCCUGCCUACUAUGUUAUAGCUUUUGGAUUCCUCUGUAGUCUUUCUGCCAGCCUCUUGGGCUUUAUGUUCCCCAUACGUCAGGUAAUACAUGUGAUGGUGAAGGAUGGCCUCCUGUUCCCUGUCCUUGCCAGGAUCCAUACUGGCACAUACACCCGCAUUGUGGCCACUGUGAUCUUUGGCAUUAUUGCAGUAAUCAUGACAUUCUUUUUUGGACUCACUGAUCUUGUGGACCUCAGGUCAAUUGUGACCCUGCUGACUUACUCCCUGGUGGCAGUUAGUGUUCUCAUCCUCCGAUAUCAGCCUGAGAUGCAGAAUGAGGGAAAUAAAGCAGAGGUGCAGGAGGACAAUAGACCUUCAGCAGAGCAGCUGACUCUACAGGGACUAUUUUUUCCAUGCAGCUCCACACCUACUCCACUCUCUGGCCGGAUUGUCCGUGUUUGCUCCUCACUGCUUGCUCUGCUGCUCACUCUUCUUUGCCUGGUGCUGGCCCGGUGGCCAGUUCUGCUUUCUGGAGACCCACUGUGGAUUUCAGUGGUUGUGGUGCUCCUGGUGCUCAUCACUGGGCUCACUGGGGUCAUCUGGAGACAGCCUCAGAGCUCCAGUCCCCUUUACUUUAAGGUCCCUGCUCUGCCUCUCCUCCCACUACUGAGCAUCUUCAUGAAUAUUUACCUUAUGAUGCAGAUGACAGCUGCCACCUGGGCCCGAUUUGCUGUCUGGAUGCUGAUUGGGUUUGCUAUCUACUUCAGCUAUGGAAUCCAACACAGCCGGGUCGCUUAACUUUACUUAAGUUAGGGCCAAAACUGUAGACCUUGAACUCAGCAGUGUGUGUACACAGUUGGCUUGACAUCGUCACACCUGAAUGCAGUCUGGUCCCCCUGCACAACAAUGGAGAGUAGUCUUGAAUACAUGGAAAGCUAGGCCUCCCUUAGCAUAUUGGUGGGGGAAAGUUAAUAGAGCUUUGCAUUUGUUGUGGAGUGAAGGAUUUUUUUUUGUUUUUGUUUUUUUGCUUUUUUAACUUGUCUACUUUUUUUAUCUAUUUUUCAGUUGUGUCUAUAGCUGCUUGCUGCACUUAAAACAAUUUUAAUUGGGACCCUUGGGUGGCUCAGUCAGUUAAGCUUCUGACUUUUGAUUUUGGCUCAGAUCAUGAUCUCACAAUUUGUGGGAUUGAGCCCUAUGUCAGUCUCUGUGAUGACAGUGAGGGGCCUGCUUAGGAUUCUCUAUCUCCCCCUCUCUUUGCCCCUCACUCCCUUCUCUCCGGAAAGUAAACACACAUUAAAAAACAAUUAUUAUUAAAAGAAACUAGAGAAAGUGUUUUUGUUAUCUUAAGGUAAAUAUGUAGCAAGGAAAACACUGGAUCAUAUGGCAGUUCUAUUUUGAAUUAGUUGCGGAACAAGCAUACUGGUUUCCACAGUGGCUAGACCUAUUUACAUUCCACCAACAGUGUAUGAAGGUUCCUUUUUCUCCACAUCCUUGCCAACACUUGUUAUUUCUUAUCUUUUUGAUUUUGCCUAUUCUUACAGGUAUAAAGUGAUAUCUCCUUAUGGUUUUAACAUCGAUUUUCCUGAUGUUUAGCAAUGGGUUCUCCAGUCGACUUGUUAAGUAAAAGGAGCAGCAGUCAGCACAAAAUGGGAAGACCUCUGUAUUGUCAAGCAAGAAAACGUGGGUUCCAGUUCUGGCUUUAGUUAUCAGUUGGGAUCCUGUGAAGCAUCACCUCGAAUGUUCCAGACAAGUAGAUACCAGACCAAGGGGGACCUCAAGUGACUUCCCAGAAUUUCCAGCAACUCCUAAUGGACAGACUGGGGAUGGAGAGGGCCAAGCCUCAGGGUCUGACAGUACAAGGAACCUGUUCCACACAACCAUCUUCUUCACGAGAGCACUUACAACUGCUGCUGCAGGUGCCUGGUCACCUGGCAUCCUCUGUGGGGAUCGCCUUCACAGCCUGCAGCACAGCUCUGACCAUCCUCACCAGAGGCACAUGCUUGUCCUUCAGGGUGGAUCUGAUUUUUAAAAACAGCCAAGUUUUCUCUGAGGCUGGAGAAUAAGUUGAGGACCUAGCCGGGAAGCAGUAUUUCCAGUUAAAUACAAGGUUGGCACUGGGAGGGAGCCUGGGCAGUGAUGGCAACAGCUUUAUCCUGUCAGCUUUCUGGGCACAUCCACCCCCAGCAGCACCUGAGAGGGGACCAGACUCAGCAGGGACCAGGUGAGAUGGAAGAGGGUCAUAAAGCAAAUAUAUGUCCCCCUCCCUGGUCUUGUUCCCUCCUCCUGCUCCACACCUGCCUCCUUCUUUCUCUUUGUCUUACUCCCUCCCCCAUCUUCAAUGCAGCCCUGUCUUCUUCCUUCCUACUUUGCCUCCUUCACCUUCAUCUCUGUCAAGCAGAUCUGUCUGUCUAUCUCUCUGUAUUUCUGACUCCAAAUAUUUUUUUUUUGUCUGAGAUUUUUCUGGGACUGAGUCUGCCUUCAGCUCUUCCUUCUGGCUCUCUCCCUUCCUUCUUCCAUCCCUCAGUCUUAGAGGGUCUCUCUUCCCGUCAUAUCUUUGUGAGUUUUACCCUGUGUGCCUUUCAGUUUCUUCACCCACGUCUCCUCCUAUCUGUUUUCUUUUGCAGUUUCCCCAUCCCUGUCCCCUCUCUUGCCCUCCCUUCCAUCUUCCUUGCCUCUCUCAUGUCUGUCUUUUAGUCCCUUAUCCUGUCUCUGGCUCACACCCCUCACUCCUCUCCCUUCUCUCCUCCCACCUCUCAUGGUUCUGAUAUUUCAUGUGAAAUCACUUGGAUGGGCUCCAACUGCCAGGCCCCUCAUUCUGUACCCCUCCUUCAGGAGAGACCUAGGGCCCCAAUUCUGCAUCCUCUGCAUUCCCUGCAAACCUGAGAUAGUUCUUAUACUUACUUGUUGAUUAUCUGGAGGCCCAGGUAUUUCGCCAGCCUCCCACUCUCUACACAUGAGGCAGUGAAUAGCACAGCAAGAAAGGAAAGGAAUUGAAUCUUGGGACCAGAUGCAAGCCCUUCUUGCCCUCAAGGACAUACAGCUUUAGGAAAAUCCCAGCUUGAGGCAGGGGAAGACAGUCUAGAAUUGUUGGAACAGACACCAACCAAACACACAGGUGCUUAUCCCCAGGAAUUCUUCCAAUUCCUGCCUGCCUCCUUUGCCUCUAGGAGUUUUGGCUCCUUAGUAUUGGCUGGCCUCUCACCCACUACCCAGCAUAGCACCAUCUACAAAAGAAGUACUGAAUUAGUUCCCUUGGUUCAUGCCUACUAGAGAUGUGUUAGUGCAGGGUCAAUGUGAUUUGUAGGUUUUCUUCAGUUGGAGGUUCUCCCCGAAAUCUGGAGAAAUUCUUUCUGCUCCAGUUUCAAUUAUCUGCUUUAGUAUAGUUAGUAUAGACUCUGUCCCUAGAGAAUCCUGCCACUACCCUUUUCUCCCCUCCUUCUAUCUCCAUCACAGUCAUUAUGGCAACUAAUUUAGAGUUUAGAGGAAUCUCAGUAUUAUUAAGUAGAGGCAGUGGUGCCCUUUUUCCUUUAGAUCAAAUGCUUCUUGAUAAUCCUCCAUUCAGUUCUGGGUCUCUAAGUAGGCCCCAUGUUCUCUAUCUCUGAAAAGUCUUGCCUCUGUUUGAAGAUUAAUGUUCUGGGAAGGAAGAGGCACCUUCCUUUUGUCACUGUUUCAGGAUCUUGGAAGACCUACUAUUUGAAUGAUUAGAGCAGGAAGCUGUUUAGGCAGGGAGUCUGUGGCUUUAUUUACUCCAGCACAAUGCUCAAUGCAUAUUCAGUUACAAUGCACUAUGAACUCUGAAUGACUGUCUCAGAAAAUUCCUUGUGGUGAAGCUUAAGCCAGUUCCCUUGUAGUUUUAGUUCCAGAGUGAUGGGAAACAUAGGUGAGGAGAUGGGGAUGGAUGGUGGUAGAGGAAUCCAGUAGGAGAUUCUGAGACACCGAGUUGCUGGGGUGGGGGAUGUUUCUAUCUUUGUUUAAAGGACUGCUGAGUGGGCUCUUUAGCUGGAUCUGGGACUUGCCCCAAAGCACCACAGGUGGGGCUCCAUCUGGCUCCCCACACUCUCCUCCUGCCAAGCAGAACUUCCUCCAUACCCAGGACCCUGGAAAGCUUACUCU